AGCAGGGUAGAUAGACAAAGAAAAAAACACAGCCAUGAAAACAACAUACCUUUUCCCUACAUAUCUUUCUCUCCUAACACUGUGUCUGUGUCUGUGUCCUUCAGGAGCAGCCACAGAUGAAGCAGAGAGUUUGAUAAGAUGGAAAUCCAGCCUAUCAUCUUCUGCUUCUCUUAAGUCUUGGUCCGUCAACAACAUCAGCAACCACUGCAGAUGGAUUGGCAUUCGCUGCAACGAUGAGGGAUUUGUCUCUAGGAUUGAUCUCCCCGUUGCAGGCCUUGCAGGGACAUUGGACCUGUUCCAUUUCACUGCAUUGCUGAAUCUCACCACUUUCAACCUCAAUGGGAAUUAUCUCUACGGCUCCAUACCAGCUGCUCUUGGCAACCUCACAAGCCUCACUCUCUUGGACCUCUCCACCAAUUUGUUUUCUGGCGCCAUUCCACCAGAGAUCGGCCGCUUGACAGAGCUUCGAUACUUGAGCUUCUCCAAGAACCAUAUGGUUGGAGAAAUCCCAUAUCAGAUUGGCAAUCUGAGGAAGGUUUGCUUCUUGGAUUUGGGGUCUAAUUACUUUAAAUCUCCUGACUGGUCUAGAUUUCCCACUUUUCCUUUCCUAACUCACCUUAAUCUUGGUUGGAAUGAGAUCAACUCUGAAUUCCCACACUUCAUAACCACAUGUCUCAACCUUACUUUCCUUCAUUUGUCUCUAAACACCUUCACAGGCCAAAUUCCUGAAACUUUGUUCACCAAAUUGGUCAAACUCGAAUAUCUUAACCUCACCAGCAAUAGUUUUCAAGGCCCCCUGUCACCAAAUAUCACUAACCUCUCCAAGUUGAAGGAUCUUCACCUCGGCAACAACUUUUUCUCUGGCAACAUUCUUGAUACAGUAAGCCUUAUUCCAAGCCUGCAAAAUCUAGAGCUGUACAAUAAUUCGUUUGUAGGAGAAAUCCCUACUUCUAUAGGCUUACUCACGAAUCUCCGAACUCUAGACCUUAGACUGAACAGAUUCAAUUCCUCCAUUCCCCGAGAGCUCGGCCUACUCACGAAUCUCCAAAGUCUAGAUCUUCGAAGGAACAGGUUCAAUUCCUCCAUUCCCCGAGAGCUCGGCCUGUGUAACAAGCUGACCUACUUAGAUUUAUCCCAGAAUUCACUCUCGGGGCCAUUGCCGCCAUCCUUUUCAAAUCUGGGCAAUAUAUCUUAUUUGAUACUAACUGGUAAUAGCCUGACUGGUGAAAUAUUGCCCCGUUUCUUCAAGAGUUGGAGAAAACUAAUCGCACUAGAAAUUCUAGACAAUGAAUUCAGUGGGGAACUUCCAUCAGAAAUAGGCUUGCUCACAAACCUCGAUUAUCUAUUUCUCUCUUAUAACUCGUUUUCAGGCAGCAUCCCACCAGAGAUAGGAAACCUACAAAAAAUGAGGUGGCUGGACCUUUCAAUCAAUAAUUUUUCAGGUCCAUUACCAUCAACCAUUGGGAGUCUUACAAAUCUGGUGUACUUGCUUCUCUCUUCCAACAGAUUAAAUGGUCCAAUACCAUCCACCAUUGGGAAUCUUACAAAUAUGUGGACCUUAAAUCUCUCUUUCAACAAAUUAAAUGGUCCAAUACCAUCCACCAUUGGAAAUCUUACAAAUCUGCGGGCCUUAGGUCUCUCUUCCAACAAAUUAAAUGGUCCAAUACCAUCCACCAUUGGAAAUCUAUCAAAUUUGAACAACUUGGAUCUCUCUUCGAACAAAUUAAAUGGUCCAAUUCCAUCCACAAUCGGAAAUCUUUCAAAUCUGCUGGGCUUGUAUCUAUCUUCCAACAAUUUAAAUGGUGAGCUCUCAUCCUCCAUCUGCAACUUGUCAACCCUUCGUUAUUUUCUUCUCUCAAACAAUACUUUAGAAGGAAGACUGCCACAGUGCUUCGGAAACUUCAUCGGAUCUGUGGAAAUCUUUCACCUAAAUAUGAAUCACCUCAGUGGCCUCAUUCCAUCUAACUUUACCGAGGGUUGUAAUGUUAUAUCCAUCAAUUUGGGUAAUAACAAAUUCCAAGGACAAUUACCUGAAUCAUUAAUCAAUUGCCAACGCCUAACGGGUCUCGACGUCGGAAAUAAUAGAAUGCAAGGUGAAUUUCCCUUUUGGAUGGGAGGCCUUCCCAACUUUAAAGUGCUAGUGUUGAGGUCUAACAAGUUUGGUGGCAACAUAUCACUUCCUUCACCAACCAAACUCCCGUUUCCUGAGUUACAAGUUCUAGAUAUCUCUCAGAAUGCAUUUGUUGGCUCUCUACCCGAUAGAUAUUUCAACAAUUUCAGAGCAAUGAUAGAGGAAAAGCAAAGAAAUGACACAAUUCUUAACUUCGACGACAUGGGAUAUCGACAGUUUGUGAAUAUAAUAGUCACCUUGAAAGGCCAAGAUCAGUUAUUGAAUAGACUGUUGGAAGCCUUCACCACGGUUGAUUUAUCCUCCAAUAGUUUCUCCGGGACUAUUCCACCUUCCAUAGGAAAUCUUAAAAUUCUCAAAUAUAUGAACUUGUCCCAUAAUAGCCUCACGGGGCAUAUACCUUCAUCUCUUGGAAACAUGACUGAACUCGAAUCGUUAGACUUGUCAACAAACAAAUUGGACGGAGAAAUUCCAAGUGAAUUGACUAGGUUGACAUUUCUUGCGAAAUUUAACCUCUCAUGGAACAAUCUUGUGGGGAAAAUACCACGAUCUAAUCAAUUCUCCACAUUUGAGAAUGAUUCAUACAUUGGAAACUUGGGAUUGUGUGGAGUUCCAUUGACGAGAAAAUGCCAAGACGAGAAUGAGAAAUCGAUGCAACCUGGAGAAGAAGAAGAUGAUGAUGAAGAUGAAUUCAUAGAUGGAUUUGGUUGGAGAAGUGUGGUGAUGGGAUAUGGAAGUGGAUUCAUAGUUGGGAUCGGAAUUGGUUACAUGAUAAUAAGAAGUGGAAGGCCAAGAUGGUUGGUGGAAUUCUUUUUCGGGGUUGGAUAUCAAUAUAAGACUAAGAAGAGACGCUAUAGAGCUGCACCAACACGCAAGGGAACUUGAUUCAAAGCAAAAGAGAAUUGUGUGAUUUCUUUUUUUUAUUUGGAACUAUGUGUUUGAGUUGUGUUUUCUAUUUCUUUUUAGCUUUUUCAUUGGUAUUUCUGUUGUUUUUAGCUUUUUCAUUGGUAUUUAUAGUCUAUGUUUGGUCAUUUUGAUCCAUUUACAAAGUUUAGUCACACUGUCUGUAGUUUGUUUCUUUAAUGAUUUGGAUUUCAUUUAUAAUUAAUAAUACUUCUACCA